CCGGCCAGCCAGUCGCCCCUGAGGAUGUCGGACCCCGGAAAUCGACAGCAGGCUACAGACUGGUCACGACUGUCCGCUCAGCAGAUACACUCCUGGAUCUUACAGCGUUCUCAGGCUACCGGCCAAGCCUACCCUGCCGUGCUAUCUCAGCUGCCACCCGAAGCACGCUAUGUCCUCGAACGAGCCCAGCAAGCCAUGGCACUCGAGGAGCCCACGCGUCAAGCUCAGGCUGUUCAGAUGCCGCUGCUCAACCCUGCCCCACCGCUAGGUGCUCCAUCUAUGAGCCUGGUUGGAGCAGAACAGGCAUGGGUAGCUGCCAAUCAUGCUGCCAAUGCACCUUCGCCUGCUUCACAACUCCUCGACCCGGUUCAGAACGGUCACAUGGAUCAGCAGCAGUUGCAGCAACGUCAAGCUGAACUGAUCAGGAUGAGAGGCUCACAAUUGGGUUAUCAGACGGCCGUCAACGGUCAGAUCAGAGAGAAUGGCACCAGACCAGGCAUGAGUAGAACUUCAAGUGGUACAGUCUACUCCAAUGGGCCAAGAGUACCUCUGCCGGGCUCAAGAGCACCAUCGCUACCACCACCCGCACGUCACGGCGGUCUGUCGCAAGAACAAGUAGCCACUCUCAAUGCGCACAACAACGCGCAGAAUCAAGCGAGAUACAUGCAAGAAUCGCGGCAGAACAGCUGGCACAGGGAGCAGAUGAAUCUCGCUCAGCAAGCCGUGCCCGCCAGACCGUUCCAGGCUGUGAAUCGCCCUGUCAACGACGGCAGCAUAGGCGCUGCUCGUCUGUUGAGGCUUGGCGAUCCUCUCUCGCAGCUUCUCCAGAUGAAAGACUCGUAUGAUGCCGUUCAAGCCUUUUGCGCCGAUCUCUUUACAGAGCGUGCAUCACUCAAGACUACCUUUACAGAGACAGGUACAGAUCAGCUCAAGACUUUCGAGAUCGGCUCUGCUGCCUUGCCGCGAUACUUCUAUGCUGCCAAAGAAGCAGGACUGAGCUCUCGCCAGAUCAAUCUAGAUGGACCGCGAGAGGCCGUCAGGAUGGCAUCGUUUGGUCAUCCCGUGCUUGUCGUCCAAUGCGCCCGUCUGACGGUGAUAGACACAUACCGGAACGGCUCCGUUGUUACGAAGACGGGCAGGCUAGAAUGUCAGCUCAUACAGACAACGUCCGCCACCGCAAUGGAUGACAUUGCUCAGUCUGCGCUGCCUAUACUCAAGAUCGAGUCUCUAGAGGUGGAAUAUACCUCAUCCACCGAGUCCGUCCUUCGAUCCGCUCUUGUCGAACAACAAGCAGAAGUCAUCAAGAAUAGUCGAGGACCGGCCAAGCUUUACAUCGUGCCCCAAUCGCCUGUCGGGACCUUUGGCGUCACAGAAUCCGAAUUACGGUGCAUGGAGGUCGCGGAAAGUGUUGGACAACUUCAAGAGCUGUUUCACUUUGUCCAGCGCGAAAAGCUCGGUCCUAUGGAGGGCCUACAGAAGCUUGCCGACUUCUACCGACAAGCCCAAGCUUGGUCAUCUCAGGACAUCGUCGGCACGCCAAACGCUGUCGCCACACCCUCGCAUGCUCAGUCACCCGCUCAGCAAGCUGCCCGAUAA